GGAGCCUCGGCGCCCCGUGAGGCAGGUAGUGGGACAACUUGUGAGAGGCGGCGGGUCAGCUAGAGUGGGCGAACAUGGCGUCGAACAAGAAAAGCAGUGGGAGCGGAAGGUUUGACAAAGGUGUCAACGGGAGACGCUCGUCCAAACUCAAAGAGGCUCCAGUGGUGAUGGACACCAAGGCAGUUUUUGCGGCCCUCUACAAUGUGUGUGAGGAGAAUGCCACCUUCUUCUCGGGAGGGACGAAAGGCCCGCCGAGUGAUGCCGCACGGCGGCUUGUAGACACCAUGAAGCUAAUCCAGGAACAUGCCCGCAGUCUGGAACCCAUCGUCUCCGGCUUUGCUGCAGUUUAUCACCAUUUUGACUUUGACCCGCACAUUCCAGCCAAUGGCUAUCGCUCGCUCGUCAAGGUUGUGCGUUGCUGCCUUCUCCACAUCAUCCACAAGGGUCGCUACAUCACCGCAAACCGUCGCAGCAUCUUCUUCCGUGUGGCUCACAAUGCUUGCGAAAUAGAGGCCUACUGCAAUGCCUUGUGCCAGUUGCGGGCACUGCUCUACUUGGCCCAGCGCAUGCUGCACGACAACAGCCAUGGUAACCUCUUCUUCAAUGAUGAGAGCGGCCUCAGCGAGAGCUUCGUGCGGGAAUACAGCUCCAUGCACAAGGGCUGCUUCUACGGUCGAUGCCUGGGCUUUCAGUUCACUCCAGGCGUUCGGCCCUCUCUGCAGACCAUCGCCAUCGGCCUCGUGGCCUUUGGGGAGAACUACAGGCGCCAUCAGUCUGGAAUAGGUGUAGCAGCCAGCUCUUUUUUUACAUCGGGCAAGUACGCCAUUGACCCUGAGUUAAGAGGGGCCGAGUUUGAGCGCAUCACUCAAAAUCUCGACGUCCAUUUCUGGAAGACCUUCUGGAACGUCACAGAGACUGAAGUGCUGUCGAGUCUGGCCAGUAUGACGUCUGUGCCAGUCAAGGUGAACCGAGCUCUCUCCGUGCCUCCUGUGCCCUUCGACCUUCCGCUGGCAGCCAAUCACCGAGGCUCGGUGACCAUACCGCCGCCGUGCUCACACAUCGGGGCCGCCCCCGUUCAGAUGAGGCUCAUCUCGUACGAUCUGCGUGAAGGACAGGAUAGCGAGACCCUGCUAUCACUCACCCGCUCAGAUGCGGGCGCAAUCUCUCUUUCGCUGGGGCUGAAGACUAAGCGCCUGCCCUCAUCUCCCUGCCUGGUCAUCCACUUCCACGGUGGAGGUUUUGUGGCUCAGACUUCCAAAUCCCAUGAGCCCUAUCUGAAGACCUGGUCCCAGCACCUGGGUGUGCCUAUCCUGUCUGUGGACUACUCCCUGGCCCCUGAAGCUCCCUUUCCCCGGGCUCUCGAGGAGUGCUUCUAUGCAUACUGCUGGGCUCUGCGAAACCACCAUCUGCUAGGCUGGACCGGGGAGAAAGUCUGCCUAGCUGGUGACAGUGCUGGGGGCAACCUGUGCGUGACAACGUCGCUGCGUGCUGCCGCUUACGGCGUGCGCAUGCCGGACGGCCUUGUUGCCACCUACCCAGCUACCCUGCUGACAGCCUACGCCUCGCCCUCUCGUCUGCUCACCCUCAUGGAUCCUCUGCUGCCACUGAGCGUGCUCUCCCGUUGUCUUAGCGCAUACGCAGGUAAUGAGCCACAGACAGAGAAGCAGGUAGAGAAGGUGAGCACACUCAGCAUGGUGAGGAGGGACACUGCAACGCUGCUCCGAGACUUCCGACAGGGUGCGUCCAACUGGAUCCACUCUCUACUAGACUCCAACAGAACAGCGAACACAGCCAGCACGGAUGCAGAGGUGCAACCAGAAACUACUGACACAGUGAGGAAAUCUGUGUCCGACGCGGCCAUAUCCUCUCCUCACGUGGAUACUCCGGAGCCUGAGUUCCAUGGCGGAAAGUUAUCUGGGAAGAGCCAGACAUGCAUGGACCUGGGAGCUCAUAAUUCUACAUCCCACUGUGCGCCGCUUGUGUCUGAGAGCACACCAGAAGAAGUCCACUUUUCUAUCUCCAUGGAGACUCGUACAGCCUUGCAUAGCGACCUGUCCUCGGUGGCCAUACCGCCCCCUGGUGGGGAGGAGGGCUCGGAGUUCCCCCUCGGCUUUGAGCCGCUGCGCUCGGAGCAGCUGUCUGAGAUGAGGUUGCAUAGUUCGCCGGUGGUCAAGGACCCCUUCUGCUCACCACUUUUGGCCCCCGACAGCAUGCUGAAAGCUUUGCCGCCUGUGCACAUUGUGGCGUGCGCUCUGGACCCCAUGCUGGACGACUCGGUGAUGUUCGCCAAGCGCCUGCGGGCUGUCGGGCAGCCCGUCACGAUGUGCGUCGUGGACGACCUCCCCCACGGCUUCCUUAGCCUUUCACAGCUCUCGCGGGAGACUAAGGAGGCGGCCAACGUGUGCGCUGAGCGAAUCCGUGCCGUCUUCACCCAGAAGGAGACGCCGCCCCCCGAGCCGCAUAAGCACCGCAAGCUGGAACGGACUGACAGGGCAAACGCCACCUUAUAUGACAGAGGUGAGCCGGACGCAGGGCUUGGAACUAAAAUACCCGACGGAGACGGCUUUGUUACAAUCACUCAAGGUGACGUUGAGAGUGUAGGGGCUUAG